GAUACAUUUUGUAUUGAAAAAUAAUAAGAAUUACAUAAUAAAAAUUAAGUCUAUUGUACUUUAAGCAAUUUCAGCAUCUAUUAUGUAUUGUAUAAUGUGUAAGAGGAAAAAGAUAUGCAAGAGGAAAUAGUGUGACCUCUCCAGUGAGUAAAGCAUACUGUUCAUGUUAGAAGUGUGGGGGUGUGGUUGCUCAUUUAUAUAGAAACGUAUGUAUAGUCGUACUGGAUAAACAAUGGAAACUUUCACAAAAAAAUAUUUGCAUCUCGAAGAAAAAAUAUUACAAAGCCUGAAAAAUAAUGGCAUAGAAUGUCGGGCAAAAGCUAACAGUGGAUUAUGGCUUGGAACCUUAGUAGGUUUAAGCGCAUUUUUAACUAUAUUAAAGGAAGAUAAUAGCUAUUCUGAAAUAUGCCUCAUUGUAGGCCUCACAGGAAUUGGUCUUGUUAUUAGUUCUAUAUGUUUAUACAUAAAAUUAUCAACAAAAAUGGUUACAGUUAGAGAUUUUCAAGUCAUAUAUUUUUUACCAGCUAUAGUAACAUCAAUGUUAUAUCUUCUAAUAGCAAAUAAAGGAUUACUGGUGAGUGUGAUAUGGGGCUUAGGUGCAGGAAGCUUAGGUACAUGGGGAGUUCUUCAAUUGAUGUCCAUGUUUCCUCGUUGUUUCACAAUUGGAGAAGCAACAGCAACUAUGCAUGGUUGUAUCUUAUUUCUAAUGUCUGCUGUAACAAACUUGCCAUUAAGAUACCAUCUACCUCCUAUUCAUGAUGAUGAUAUUGUUACAGUUAUAUUACAGGUUGCAAUGUUAUAUGUCAUGGCAAUUUGUUUAAUAUCUAGUUGCCUUCCAAUGUUUCAAUCAACUAUAAACUUUUACAUAAUGACAAUCACUCUUUUAUUGAUUGUAGUUUUACCAGUAAUGCAUAUUAUAUUGGAUCAAAAUCCUAUAGUUUGGAUGUUUUAUUUUAUUUUUAAUAAAACAAGCAAGAUUAUUUUAAUUGGAUAUUGGGCUGUAUGUUUAUUGCUAGGUGUGGCUGUUGUUGCAUAUCAGAUAUUAUUGAACAAUCAAGCAACAACUUCAAUCAGAAAAAUGUUUCACUUAUUAGCAGUACUUGUAUAUGUACCUGGUUUAAUUUAUGAACAUAUAUUACUGUAUUUUGCUAGUGGAGUUGUUAUGGGAUUAUUUCUAUUUCUUGAGUUACUAAGAUACUUAAGAAUACCACCCCUUGGAGAAAUAUUACAGCAAGGAUUCUCUGUGUUUGCUGAUGAGAAAGAUCAUUUAAUUUCUUUGACACCUUUAUACUUAUUCUGUGGUUUAUCUUUCCCACUUUGGAUGCCUACCAGUAAUCUCCCUUUGUUAGUUUUGCUCAGUGGCAUUUUAUCAGUUGGAAUAGGUGAUACUGCUGCCAGUUUCGUUGGUUACAAAUGGGGUACCCACAAGUGGAGGAAUUCAGACAAGUCUAUUGAAGGCACAAUUGCUUGUAUUCUUAGUCAGGUUGGAUUCAUAUGUUUAUUAGCGUUUAUGGGCUACAUAGAUAGUGGUUGGUUACUUUUGAGAAGCCUGUGGUCAAGCGUCGUUUUGUCAUUAAUUGAAGCACAAACAAAUCAAGUUGAUAAUUUAGCAUUACCUUUACUAAUGUACGCGUGCCUGAUGGUUUAGGUGUGUAGUAAGUACAAAUGACAAAGCGCACAAUAAAUAGUAGUAACUGUUUUCGGAAUAAUAUUACAAUUUUGUUUAUUUAAUGUGAUAUUAAAUCAAAAUUGUAAUAUUAUUACAUUAGAUUCAUAUUUUUAUUCGCUUCUGUAUAUUUAAAAGAUCAGUAUGUACUUCGUUUGAUGUACAUACUAUGCCUUCCUCGAAAUGUUGUAACAAAUUAGUUUAUUAUAAACAAAUCAGUUACUAGUCAAAAAAAGAAAAAAAAGAAAUUGGAGAAUUCUUGGCAGGUCUUGUUACUUUAUUACUGUAUAUUUGCAUAUUCUUAUUUUAUUUAAGAAUGUUAUGUUUCAAAUGGGAAAUAGUUCUUGUUCGUGUAUACCACUGUUGUUAAGUGUUAAGUAUAUAUGAAUAUUUAUUCAAGUCUAUUUAAACAACAGAAUUAUAUGACAACAUUAAUGAUGUCAAUUUAUAUUUGUACACUUAAGUGUUUUGAAAAGUGUGUAUAUUUAUAUUGUUAUGUCGAUUUACAUAACUUUGAUAUUCUGUAACGCCCAAUUUACUCAUUCCUAUCAACGCAUUUGUCUAUUCCAAUCGGAAGAAUUUGUAAAUGAAAUUUACUUUUAUUAAUAAAGUAUUUUUAUAAUUGUGUA